CGCCAUUCGGAUCGGAUUGUUGUUUCGGCUCACAGUAACGGUCAUCGAGCAGCGCGAUUUAAAAACUAGACAUAGAACGUUGACUAAAGUCAAGUCAGCGCAAUAAUAUAGUUUGGCUUUCGGCGAUACGCCUGAUCGAUAGUGGCGCAAAAAUCCAUACCCACAAACAUCGGGCCACGAUGUGGUGAUCCAGAUGUAGAGGAAGCCUGACUUCAGUCGACAAACAUCUUCUAACGAACAGCUGUUGGAUUGGGGGCUGAUUUUGACCAGGAUUUCAUAUGCGAAAAUCUACGUUCUUUGUUUUUAUAUUACUCAAAAUGGCUCGCUUACUUAACGGCACCACCGAUGAUGAGGACUUUUCUCAACCCGAGAUGGGAAACAACGAUACCGAAACCAGCCCCUGUCCCAGUCAACUUCCGACAGUGAUUGAAUAUUUAAAUGGAAUUGACCUUAUACUAACUGUGAUCAUAGCCAUAACAAUCAUCCUUAGCGUUGGCACCGUUGUAGUGUGUAUCCGAAAUGUGAGAUUGGUCCUUGGACACACCCCUAAACGGUACAAAACGAAAUCCAUCCUGGUGCUGGUGAUAUAUCCGAUAGUUACGAUGUUAGCGAUAGUGUCCAUACUCAUUCCCAAGUCCUAUUUCGUUUGCGAUACGGUGUCGCAUAUCUAUUUCAUGAUCAGCGCCUAUGUGUUCUACAGUCUCAUCAUGGACUACAUCGGCGGGGAAGAUGCGUUCAUCAAAUCCAGUGAUACGGAAACUUUCACUGCUCGGACCCCACCCUGCUGCUGUUGUUUACCAUUCCUGAAGAGAUCUACAGUUACCAAAAAUCGAUUACUGUUUGUCCGAUUGCUUAUAUUGCAACUUCCGAUCGUCCAGAGCUCGCUGUUCAUCGGACUUAAUGUGGUUUACGUCGAAGAUGUGUUGAACUUCAACCGAAUUCUUACGUUCUUUGUGCCGUUCAUCGUGGUUUCGAUUAUCCUUGGCGUUUGGGGACUGAACAUCAUCGUUCGUAUGGUGGGUCCUCUGCAUGUGGAGCUUAAACUGAUGGGCAAGUACGCAGUUCUACAGUUGGUGCUUAUAUUGUGCAAAAUUCAACCGCUAAUCAUUAUGGGACUCGUGACUUACAUCACACCGAGAUGCGAUUUUCCACUUACCUUGCAAGUACAAAAAAACGCCGUUUUCCAAAUGUGCCUCUGUGCGGAAAUGUUACUACUGUCUUUGUGGGCUUCUCAUUUGUACAAAACACCCAGCAAAACGCGUCAGCUAUUGGCAAAAACGGAACCAUCCGGAACAUUUUAAUUCAGACUUCCCGUCGCCAGCCGCCUCUCCCUAUACUGGAACAUAUCAGUGCAGUGUUUUAGUGAUAUUGAUGAAUAGCAUCGCAACGUAACAGAGAUACUUAUUUGUCGUGAACUUUUGUGAUAACUGGUGAACUAGUAUUUCAAACAGAUGAUUAUAUGAUAAAAAAAACUCUGUUGUAUUUUGAUUUUUGAAAGAAAGUCAUAACA